AUGACCCGAGCGUUGGGUUCAUCUGACAAGACGGGGCGCCGGGACUCGCAAAAAAGUGUGCGGGGUGUCGCCGCCUCUCUCUCCUCGAGAGGCACGACCCCCCUUCCGCUGGACUCUCCGCCAGCGCUCGCGCAGUCGCACCUGCCACUUAGCCUUCCAGAGCCGCCGGACACCCCCCCGCCUCUCGCUCCGGCACUUGUAUCGGCUCUUGUUCACGGCUCUGGCUUGGCGCACCCUGCCCUGUCUAGCAGGUCAUCUCCUAGUUCUACGUCUGAGACAGCAUAUGACCAUACGCGCUCCCAUCAUUCGUCUCAUUCUUUAGUGCCCGCUAAUGCUGAUCCCUCACGCUCUCCAGAACAAUGCUAUUCAUCAUCUCAAUCAUCCUCUUACACUUCUCCGAUCACCGAGGAUAAUCAGAGCCAGUCAAAUUGGGCCUAUGGUGCGCCGUCAGAUCUGCAAUAUACGGGGGCACUGCACAGAACAGAGUCUUUGAGCUCGGCAAGCAGUCACGCGAGUACACCCCCCUCUCCCACCGAAAGUGGCUCAAGUCAUCACGAAGGACCCUCCCGCGAGUAUACGGAUGAUACCUAUCCUUAUGGACCCCAAUAUGACUUAGCGUAUCCCGAUCAGACUCCGAACCCCCGUGAUCUCCAUUACGCUGACCAUCCAGUCACCAUGGUGCAACAUUCGCCCUCGAUUCCCGCCUCUUAUCAUGCGGCUGGCUCUGUACCUGUGUCACGCCAUUCAAUCGCUCACAUCUCUCCUCCUCAACAUGCCGCGCUGAUUUCGCCAGCGGGUUCCUCGUUCUCUCACACGUCCGUCGAGCCACAAGCGGUAUCACCAACCUUGCCACGGUACGCAGGCGACGUUCACGUCUCCUCUGCAAGCGCGCAUGCAAGUCCCGUCGUCGACAGCUACCCCACUUUGGAGGACACGUCUCAUCGAAUGAAUGGGGUGAACACUGCCAUGUCUGCGCAUUACCCUGAGCAUUCGGUGCAGGCCCAUCUACAAUCUGAUGUUGGCGUUCAUCGCAGCGGGCGCUCCAUGGCGGGAUCGGGACAUGCGCAUACCCCCCCCAGCCAACAGCUGCGUGACGCCUAUGGUCAACCCAUCGGCAUGCACGGUCGUCCUCACAACUAUGGAACGGCAGCUAGGUCGUUGUCUCCGCCGUUGCAUUUGCCUCCGCUCCAUAACGAGCGACAGGUACGAGACGAUCUUGGGCCUGACGCAAGACAGCCUGAUCACGCGCAUGUCGACGUUGGAGGGAACGCCGCGUCGUUUAUACGAUCUCCAUUGUAUCCCCAGCACCAGAUGAUGUCGAGUUCACUACAGCCGGCGCAAACACAAUUGAUGGCAUCGCCAAGUGCCGGGUCUGACCAGUAUGUGCCUCUGCAUCAGCCGCGUCCCCAGUAUGCAGGACAUUCGUAUCACACGCUCUAUCCCCCAUCCUCCCACCCGCAUCCACACAUGACGUGGAGAGUAGAGGGCGCGGCUCGGAACGAGUAUGCUCAUUGA